AUGAAUGAUGAAUUUCAAAAGAUUUCAAUUAAUCAAAUUAAAAAUAUUAUUGGUUUUCCAACUUUAGAUGAUUUAUCAACUUCACCAUCAGAAAUUGAUAAUGAUAUUCAGAUACUAUUAGAUUGGAUUCAACCAAUUUUACCUGAAAGAAUUAUGAAUAAUAACAAAAAUCACAAUGUAACUGUAACUACUAUACCUCAACAUCGUUAUAGAGUUUUAAGAUCUAGAAAACAUUUAAAUUAUGAAGAAUCAAUUGAACCUAAAUUCUUAUUACCAACUUAUUCAGAACCAUCAAAUAGAAUUAAAUUAGCAAUAAAAAGUUGUUUCAAAAAUGAAUUAGAUCAAUUCAAAUUUAUUGAUCUUUAUCUUAAUUCAUUUAGUAAAAAAUUAAACGAAAUACCUUCAUCAAUAAUAUCAAAUUUAUUAUUUGCAGAAUAUAUGGAUAUGAUAAAACUUAUUUUACAUCAUUAUGAUUAUCAUAUUGAUCAUUUUAAUUUUACAAAUAGAGUUAAAACUGUUUUUAAUAAUAAAUUUUAUUCAAUUGUUACUUCAUUUUUAUUUGAUCGUACAGAUUUUAUAAUUCAAUUGACAAAAUUCUUGGAGAAUUCUUUAUUUUAUAAACGUACUUUUUCAGAUCCUCAUUCAUCAAAUAUGACUUUAAAUAUAAUUGAUGUUAUUUCAACAUUGGUAAUGAUUAAUUUAUCAGAUAAAUUAAAUGAAAUUAUAGUUCAAUUAUCAAUAUUCAAGAUAAAAAAUUACACUUUACAAUCAUGUUCAGGAAUUUGGGAUAAACCAUUACUAAAUUUAAUUGAUUCAUUUAUUCAAAAUGAAAUUUAUCCUAAUUUUUCAAUAUUUGUUAGUUAUACAACUUCAUCCAAUUUAACUGAUUCAAUGAAUAAUGUAUAUUUAUAUGAAUUAAUGAAAAUUGCUCAUAAUGAGUUAAUAACUCAAAGAAUUAAAGAAAUUUAUUCUUUAGUGUUGGUAUAUCCUACCAGUGAAUAUGCACUAAAAGAAUUACACAUAUGUUUACUGAAAAAUAAAAUGGAAUAUCAACAAGAAAAUCAGAUAGACAUAUCCACAACUUCAAUUUUAUCAAUGGUUGAUGAAAUUUCAUCUAAUACUCAAGCUGCUAAUAGAUUAAAAUUAGUUGAGAAUUUUAUUUUUAAAUGCAAAGAAAAUUUACUUCACGCUGGUGCCAAUACGGUUGAUGUAAUAACUGCAUACACCAAAACAAUUAAAUCAUUUUUAUUAAUUGAUCCAAAGGGUGUACUUUUAGAUAAAGUUGUAAGACCAAUACGUGAUUAUUUAAAACUGAGAGAUGAUAUCAUUGUAAAAUUAGUACAUGGACUUUUGGAUACGUCUGAAACAAAUAAAUUAAAAGAACUACCAAAAGAAUUAUCUAACCCUCAUAAACAACCAAAUUCUGCAAAUUAUAUAAAAGAUGUAAUGGAAGAUUCAAUGGAUUUGAAUUGGUCUCCUGAUCCAAUUGAUGCAUUACCUGAUUUUAAAAAGGAUAAAAUAAAUGAUAUUAUAGAAUCGUUACUAUCAAUAUUUGAAUCCAAAGAUAUUUUCAUAGAAGAGUUUACAAAAUUAUUUGGUGAUCAAUUAAUUAAGUCAGAUAAUUUCAAUGUUGGUGAAAUUGAAUCAAAAUUAAAUUUAUUAAAAUUAAGGUUUGGUAAAAAUAACUUUCAUAUUUUGGAUAUAAUGUUGAAAGAUUUUCAUACUAGUGCAAUAAUGGCCAAAGAUCACAAUAUUGUAAAUGAUAAAAUUGUAAAAAGUGAAAUUGUUGUUUUAUCACAACUUUAUUGGACAACUAUAUUAGACGGUAUAAGUUCAGAUUCGGAAUACAAAUUACCUAAAGAAAUUGAUUUGAUGUUCAAGAAAUACCAAAAGAAUUUCAAAAGGCAGAAACAAGGUAGAACAUUGAAGUUAAUACCAAGUUUAGGUAAGGUUACAUUAGGAUUAAAUUUAAGAAAUAAAAAAGAGAAACUUUAUCAAGUUAAUCCACAUGAAGCAUCGAUUAUUUCCUUAUUCAAUGAAACUGAUAAAGAAUUAUCAGUUGAUUUUAUUUCAAAAACUUUAAAUAUGCCCAAUUAUCUAGUAACUGAAGGGUUAGCAUAUUGGGAAAAAGAAGGUAUAUUAUCUGCAUUAACUAAAACCUUAUAUAUUGUAAAUGAAGAUGAAAAAACAGACGACGAACAAGUUGAUGAAGAUGACGAUGAAGAUGACGAAGAUUACAAUAAAUUAGACGAAAAAGAGUCAAAAGAAGAAUCUAGUGAAGAAUCAGAUGAAGUUUAUGACGAUGGAGACGACGAAGAAGUUGAAGAUCUGGGUUUAUAA